CCUGUUAGCUUGACGCGGUCAGUGGGUGUUGACAUGUCAGCUGAUUGCGGCAUGUAAAGCCUCUUGUUUAGGUAGCUUAGCUUCGUUUGGUGUUUGUUUUUGUCGUGAGUUAGGUGGCSUCGAACCGAACCUCACUGUUUCACACAUAUUUAACUUUUCAGCGCACUUCCGGUCUCCGUCAGCGCCUCCGGUGCUGUUGGUUUUCGGGGCGAGGCUCCUGUCGGUGGAGCUCUUUCUGUUUUCUCUCUCUCUCUCUCCGGGAGGGCAGGACUGAGGUUCCGACAGGCUCUGCUGCAUUGCAGCCCGGUGUUGCUCCGCCGAUGGAAUUCAAACACACAACAAUGGCGACUCCCGGUCCAAACGGCUCCUCCUCGGCACCCAGCGGUACCGCGGGACCCGCCGCGCACCAGUACCAUCCACAGCAGUCCCAGCACAUCACCACCAUGAGCAGCCUGCAGGAUUCCAACACCUGCUGGAGAUGUCAGAGUGAAACAGGGUUUCAGAUAAACCUGUCUGGAGCCCCCCCAAGCAAACGUAAAGCCCUGAAGCUGAACUUCGCCAACCCUUCGAUCAAACCCUCUACGAGAUUCUCUCUAAACACGGCCGGGCCUCCGUUUCAGAACCCACACAUAGAGAGGCUGAGGACUCACAGCAUCGAGUCGUCUGGAAAGUUAAAGAUCUCCCCGGAGCAGCACUGGGACUUCACGGCCGAGGAUCUGAAAGAUCUGGGCGAGAUCGGCCGAGGGGCGUACGGCUCCGUCAACAAGAUGGUGCACAAGCCCAGCAACACCAUCAUGGCCGUCAAGCGGAUUCGGUCGACGGUGGAUGAAAAGGAGCAGAAGCAGCUUCUGAUGGACCUGGACGUGGUCAUGAGAAGCAGCGACUGUCCGUACAUCGUCCAGUUUUACGGCGCUCUCUUCAGAGAGGGCGACUGCUGGAUCUGUAUGGAACUUAUGGCUACCUCCUUAGACAAGUUUUACAAGUUUGUAUAUUGCACAUUAGACGACGUGAUUCCAGAGGAAAUAUUAGGAAAAAUAACUUUAGCUCCGGAGAGAAUAGACCCCAGUGCAUCCAGGCAGGGCUACGAUGUCCGCUCAGACGUGUGGAGUCUGGGAAUCACGCUGUACGAGCUGGCCACGGGACGCUUCCCCUACCCAAAGUGGAACAGCGUGUUCGACCAGCUGACCCAGGUGGUCCGAGGAGACCCACCACAGCUCAGCAACUCUGAGGAGAGACGCUUCUCUCCUAAAUUCAUCUCCUUUGUCAACGUGUGCCUUACAAAGGAUGAAUCUAAGAGACCAAAGUACAAAGAACUACUGAGAGAUCCGUUCAUUCAGAUGUACGAGGAGCGCUCCGUCGACGUGGCCUGUUACGUCUGCAGGAUCCUGGAUCAGAUGCCAGCUUCUCCCAGCUCCCCCACCUACAUGGACUGAUAACGGGACAGACCCGAGCACAUCAUUUAAUCUACUACAAUCUGAAAGUCAAAACGUGUCCUCUACAUUUGUUUGGUCCCCUUAUUGCAGUGUUAUGACAGUUGUAAAGUGAUUUCCGUCUGUAAAUAAGAACACAUCUGUUUUUCUCUUGUUCACAAGGACACAAACACUAAUGUAUAAAAGGAGCUCAGUCAAUCAGUCGUGACUCAUCGUGAUGAGAUGCAUCUCACAGAAAAAAAAAAAACAACAAAACACCCUGGAACUGAUAUUUAUGGAACUAAAAUCAUGGAGUUUCUUUUUGUUUUGGAGAGUCUCCAGCAUACUGGAAUCAUUCUGUUUGUGAAUUCUUCCACCUUUUAGGUGUACUGACCGCAUCGUUGUUUGGCAUUUAAAUAAACUGCGCUUCUCUGCGUGUAAAGCAGAUUUAAAGUGUUGGUGGGCCGAGACGCGGCAGACUUUCACACCUGUCGCUUCUGCAGUGGAGAACUAUGAGCURGUGAAUAAAGAGAGAGAGAGAAGGAAGUGAUGUGUUCCCUUUUAUUACUGUAAUUCUGACAAGUUCAGGUUUAAAACCACAAAUACACACUGAAGGUGUGGAUAUAUUUGGUUGUAAAUUGGUCAACAAUAUUUCAAUAAAUCAUGAUUUAAGACAUUCAA